UUGGCGCAGUCGCUCGCCGCGUUUUAUGCAACCAGUCUUGCUUCGGAGCGAGUGAAACUACUGCUCCAGCCUUUGACAGACGAGGAAAGUGUGUGUAGUGACAUCAGUGUCUGUCUGGCCGCUUCUCACUGAUCGGUCUUGUUAAUUGUACGACCGACUGCUCCGUAGAAGCAACCGAUUCGGCCAGAUCCGGUUUUCUUCGUGCUUGAGUCAGGAUACGACCGUGUAAUCGUCUGUAUUACGUAUUGUCGUUAGUUGUGUAUGCUGUCUUUGCCGGCGAUAGUAAAGUAAGGCUUAAAGGCGGUGUCGAUUGUGUCUUGAGCAUCUUUGCCAUCGUGGAAAAUAUUACAUACAGUUUAAUAAUAUAACUCAGCUAUACGGUUGCAGACUCGCGUGUACUGAUCGGAGUGCCAGUGCAACGAUAAUCGGGCGUGCUACACGGGUGUAUUAUCCAUGGCUGUGUACAUAUAUAUGUGUGUAUGUGCGUAACGUGCGCGUAGAGGAAAACGAAUACGUUGCUAUCGGUGGAAGAGAGAGAUAGAAGGAGUGAAGAGGGUGGGAGAACGAAGGCGGCCGUGAAUCCACGAUACGCGGCUACGUUCACGCCGCCGCGUAUUCCACACGGCACGACACGAAACACAACAGCUCCGUCGGCUUAGGCUACGAGAGGAGAAAGACGUAUAUCUGCACACCUUACGAAUUAUUACGAAUUCGCAUAGCUUUGACGCGCCUUUUGGCGCGUAUAUCAUCCUCGUUCGGUCGACUUCUUCGACCUCCUCGUCGCUAUUAUGGCGGACGACGAGGUUCUCUUCGACGAGGUUUACGAGCUCUGCGAGAUUAUCGGCAAGGGACCAUUCAGCGUUGUAAGGAAAUGCAUUCACAGGCAGACAGGGCAGACGUUCGCGGUAAAAAUCGUGGACGUGGCAAAGUUCACAUCCAGCCCCGGUCUAAGCACGAACGAUUUGAAACGAGAGGCCACGAUAUGUCACAUGUUAAAACAUCCCCAUAUAGUAGAGUUAUUAGAAACAUACAGCUCGGAGGGUAUGCUCUAUAUGGUGUUCGAAUAUAUGGAUGGCUCUGAUUUAUGCUUCGAGGUCGUCCGGAGAGCAACUGCUGGAUUCGUGUACAGUGAAGCUGUGGCCAGCCAUUACAUGCGACAGAUCCUGGAGGCGUUGCGCUACUGCCACGAGAACGACAUAAUUCAUCGUGAUCUAAAGCCCCAGUGCGCCCUCUUAGCGGGCAAGGAAAAUUCAGCACCGGUGAAGCUACGCGGUUUCAGCGUCGCCGUGCAACUUCAGUCAUCCCAGGCAAACGGCGUCGGGCUGACGUCUCCGAGCUGCAAUUUCCCUUUCGAGGACCUGACCGACGCCGAGGAUUCGCUAGUGAGCGAUACGGAGGACAAUAUCGGUCGUGUUGGGUGUCCACACUUCAUGGCGCCGGAAGUGAUCCAACGGAGACAGUACGGGAAGCCUGGUGACGUUUGGUCAGCCGGAGUACUACUUCAUGUCCUAUUAACCGGUACACUUCCAUUCGUCGGCUCUCGAGAUAGACUGCGAGAAGCAAUUUGCAGAGGACGAGUACAGAUGGAGACACCAUUGUGGGACAAUAUUAGUGAACCGGCGAAGGAUCUCAUACAAAGAAUGCUCACAACGGAUGUAAAUCAUAGGAUUACCAUACAAGAAGUGCUGAACCACAAAUGGCUUAGAGAUCGUGAUAAGGGUGUGGCCCGAAUACAUUUAGCUGAAACUAUAGAAGAGCUUAAGAAAUUCAAUGCUAGACGAAAAUUGAAAGACGCUGUGAAAGUGGCGAUUUCAUCCUCCAAAUGGCACAUCCCAUAUUCGGAAAUUAACGGUGACAGCUUUUUUGAUAUAGGAGACGAUGAAGUUAUAACCACAGGUGCUGUAGCUGAAAUUAUAGACUCUCUCGAUGAUAUUGAAGUACUUCAAGAGAGUGGAAGACUGACGCGUGCCGAGAUACUUAAUGCAGUUGAUGAUUAUCGUCUUCGAGCUAUUUUAGAGCUUUACGAUAGGAUUUCGACUCGAGUUCCAACGCCAUGUCGAGCGCCACAGACAGACGCUGUUCAGCGUGCGCGAGAGGUCGAAGAACUUCUUCGAGAAAUAGAGCAUUCAGCGAUACGAAACAUCGAUAGGGCGGAUCUUCGGGAACUCCAUGAACUUUUGGUCCAGCCACACAUGAGGGCGCUUUUGCAAGCACAUGACGUAGCGGGACAUGAAGUUUAUGGCGAAGAAGCCACCAGAGUUACGCCACCUCCUCUUCUCCCUUAUCUAAACGGAGGCGACGAUCUCGAGGGACAGAACGGUGAUUUGGACCUCGAAAAUGUAACGCGCGUCAGGCUGGUCCAAUUCCAAAAGAACACGGAUGAGCCAAUGGGAAUCACUUUAAAAAUGAACGAAGAUGGAAAAUGUGUGGUAGCACGAAUUAUGCACGGUGGUAUGAUACACAGACAAGCGACCCUUCACGUGGGUGACGAGAUCAGAGAAAUUAAUGGGAUACCGGUGGCCAAUCAAUCUGUCAAUGCCUUGCAAAAGAUACUCCGGGAAGCACGAGGUUCGGUGACGUUCAAAAUCGUGCCAUCGUACAGGAGCGCGCCACCCCCCUGUGAGGUACAAUUGUUCAGGAUUAAGCCUCUGCCAGUGUUAAUAUUCGUUCGAGCGCAAUUUGACUAUGAUCCGUUGGAGGAUGAGCUGAUACCAUGCGCUCAAGCCGGAAUCGCGUUCAAAACCGGCGACAUCCUGCAGAUCAUCAGCAAGGACGAUCAUUAUUGGUGGCAAGCGCAGAAGGAUAACGCGGCCGGUUCCGCGGGGUUGAUACCUUCGCCUGAACUUCAGGAACGGCGUAUCGCUUACAUGGCAAUGGAAAAGAACAAGCAAGAACAAGAUGCUGAAGGAGAAGGAGGAUGUUCUUCUCACACCGAAGGCUGCGACGGUUCGACAGUGAAUUGCUCAAUAUUUGGCCGGAAAAAGAAACAGUACAAGGAUAAGUAUCUCGCAAAACACAACGCAGUAUUUGACCAGCUGGAUCUGGUCACCUACGAAGAGGUCGUUAAGCUUCCCUAUCCUGCAUUCCAACGGAAAACAUUAGUAUUACUGGGAGCACAUGGUGUUGGUCGUCGUCAGAUAAAAAAUACCAUUAUCGCGAAGCAUCCUGAUAAAUAUGCCUAUCCUAUUCCACAUACAACGAGGCCUCCACGAAACGACGAAGAGAAUGGUCGCAAUUAUUAUUUCAUAUCGCACGAUGAAAUGAUGAACGAUAUCCAUUCCAAUGAAUACCUCGAAUAUGGUACACACGAGAACGCAAUGUACGGAACGAAGCUCGAGACGAUCCGGAAAAUUCACGAAGAAGGGAAAGUGGCGAUAUUGGACGUCGAGCCCCAAGCCUUGAAAGUGUUACGUACAGCAGAGUUUGCGCCUUAUGUAGUUUUCAUCGCUGCUCCAGUGUUCGAAAAUAUCACCGAUUGCGACGGAAGCCUGGCAAGACUGGCGAAAGAGUCUGACUCGCUGAAGCAAGCGUACGGCCACUUUUUCGACCUGACCAUCGUGAACAACGAGAUAGACGAGACGAUCGCGCAAUUGGAGGCGGCCAUCGAGCGGGUACACACGACACCCCAAUGGGUACCCGUGUCCUGGGUCUACUGACAGCGAACCUCGCCAAUUCGGCAGAUCACUAACUGCAAUGGCUCGUCGAACGUGAAACAGUGAUCAUCGAAUCGCGAUCCACCGAACGACCGGUCCGUUUGCGAUCGUUUUAAUGCGGCAACGAUAAUCUUCUCGGCGUCGUGCGCCUUUAACAAUUCACGGUGUUCGUGGGGGAUUAGUAUCGUGGCCGUUUCGAGGCGGGCAGCCGCGUAUAAACACGUCGGACCAAUCGAACGAACGAAUUUAUCGUCAAUUCUUCGAUCGAUCAACAGCACGAUAUCGACUGGAACGCGUGACUUUGGCCGUGUGUUCAUCGACUUUUUUCAUUAUUAUUCAAUUAUUCUAAUUAUUAUUCGAUCGUCGUUAUUGUUAUCAAGCGGAGAGUGGCGAAGAGACGAAACUGUUAUAUCACCGAGGCGUAUAAAUACGACAAUCAAAAAAAGAGAAAAAAAAAAAAAAUAAUAAAAGGAAGAAAGGCAGAGAGAGAACAGGCAUUUCGAUUAAUUAAUAAGCUCCAUAGGACUAUAAUGCUGCUUCCUCGAGAUAAAUAUAAGCAAUACGAUUUCCACGUGUAUAAUCUAUCAUCUCGGUUAAAUAUGUUCAACGAGUUAAGUAAUUAAAAUUAAAAAAACCGAGUUCAUUUCCCCGCGAAUUAUAAUUAUACACUCUCGAUCCCGCAGUUUUCUCUCUCACCCUCUUCGCGCGUUCUUCCGCUUCUCUAUUUCAUUUUCCUCUCCAUCUUGUCUCUCUCUUUCUCUCUCUAUCUCUCUUUCUCUUUCUCUCUUUCUCUCUCUCCAUCCCGUAAUCUCGUUUCUUGCAUUUUUCCUCCAAUACAUUCCUCGCGCCACGUUUUUUUAGCGCGCGUACACGAAUUUAUCGCUAGUUUCGUCAGUCUUGUACGGUCUGUACGCAAGCGAUAACAAUGGUAAACGAUGCGAAAAAAAAAAAAAGAAAAAAAAAAAAGAAAGGAUGAAUCGAAAAGAAGCAACACUCUAAGAUUUGCUCUUUUCGAGGAUCAAACUAUCGAUGAGGAUCAUAAUGAGGAACGGUCGUUCGAACUGUUCGUGAAUGUUGACCGAGUGGACACGCUUGUACCGUUCUUGAAAAAAAAAA